CGAACAAGUUCAACUAAUAGCAAUAUCUGUCUGGAACAGUUUUUUUCAGUGUAGCUAAUUUAUUUGAUCUCAAUUACGAGUCUUCACAGUUCAACGUGAAGGGACAAGUUCGCGGACUUCAAGAACCGCAGCUGCGCCGCUCAAACAAGGCAGCGGUUUUGGGCUCCUGGCGAAGAGGAAUUUGGCACCGCACGAUUACGGCAAAGGAUGAAUGAGGCUCGUUCUGUUUCAACCCUAAUGAGGCGAUACCGUCUAGCCAUGACGGAGAAGGAUGCCUCUUUCAGCGAAAACUCAACGGCCGCUGGGUCAGGUACGCAAGACUCAGCUGAAGGUAAGGAUGGGUCCACUGAUGGAGAUCCCUCCUUCCCGUUGUCAUCUCUGGCGGAGCUCCUGGAAAGUGAGGAAGGCGGCCCCCCGCUCACCCAGGACAACCAGGCCAGACCCGGACCCGGACAACCCACGGAAAGCCGGCAGAACCUGCGCAUCAAGUUCCAAGGAGCCUUCAAGAAGGGCAUCUCCAACCCCAUGGAUCUUUUGGAAUCCACGAUCUACGAGUCGCCCGUGGUACCCGGGCCCAAAAAAGCCCCCAUGGACUCUCUGUUUGACUAUGGCACAUGUCGCCAGGCCAACAACCAGAAACGACGAAGGAAGAAGCUCCCACGAGGAAAGACAGAGAUGGAGGUUUCGUGUGAUGAGGGGAUGAACCCUGACCCUCCGAAGGUGCUGAAAGUCUUUAACCGGACGUUGCUAUUCGAUGCUGUUUCUCGGGCUGACCCCGGUGCCCUGGAAGGACUUCUCCAGUACCUGCAGGCCAAUGAAAAAAGACUGACAGACGAGGAGUUCAAAGAACCUUCGACAGGAAAAACGUGUCUGCCCAAAGCUCUCCUGAACCUGUACAAUGGCGAAAACGACACCAUUGCCCUGCUGGUGGACAUCGCCGAGAAAACGGGGAACCUGCGCGAGUUUAUCAACACGCCCUUCAGAGACGUCUACUACCGGGGCCAGACGGCGCUCCACAUUGCCAUAGAAAGACGCUGUAAACAGUAUGUGGAGCUGCUGGUGGACAAGGGAGCUGACGUCCACGCCCAGGCCAGGGGCCGCUUCUUCCAGCCCAGAGACGAAGGAGGCUACUUUUACUUCGGUGAGCUCCCUCUCUCGCUAGCCGCCUGCACCAACCAACCAGACAUGGUGCACUACCUGACGGAGAACGCCCACAAGAAGGCGGACCUGCGGCGGCAGGACUCCCGCGGCAACACGGUCCUACACGCGCUGGUGCACAUCGCCGACAACACGCGCGACAACACGCGUUUCAUCACCAAGAUGUACGACCUGCUGCUUAUCAAGAGCGCCAAGCUCUACCCCGAAUGUAACUUGGAAACGGUGCUAAACAACGACGGCAUGUCUCCCUUAAUGAUGGCCGCCAAGCUGGGCAAAAUCGGGGUCUUCCAGCACAUCAUCCGGAGGGAGAUAAAGGAUGAGGAGGCUCGGCAUCUCUCGCGGAAGUUUAAAGACUGGGCGUACGGGCCGGUCUACUCCUCCCUCUACGACCUGUCCUCCCUGGACACCUGCGGAGAGGACGUGUCUGUGCUGGAGAUCCUGGUCUACAACAGCAGGAUUGAGAAUCGACACGAGAUGCUGGCGGUGGAGCCCAUUAACGAGCUGCUGAGAGCCAAGUGGCAGAGGUUCGGCGCGGUCACGUUCUACAUCAGCGUCGUCUCGUAUCUGGUCACCAUGAUCAUCUUCACCCUGGUGGCCUACUAUCGGCCCUCGGAGGGCACUCCUCCAUAUCCUUACACCACCAACUCCGACCGUCUGCGUCUCGUAGGGGAGGUCAUUACCCUGGCAUCCGGAAUCUUCUUUUUCCUCACCAACAUUAAGGACCUCUUCCUGAAGAAGUGCCCCGGGGUGAAUUCUUUAUUUAUUGAUGGAUCUUUUCAGCUGCUCUAUUUUAUCUACUCUGUGCUGGUGUUGGUUACGGCAGCGCUCUACCUGUCUGGGAUCAAGGCUUACGUGUCUGUGAUGGUUUUCGCCCUCGUACUGGGCUGGACAAACGCUCUCUACUUUACCCGGGGCCUGAAACUCACAGGGACCUACAGCAUCAUGAUACAAAAGAUUCUCUUCAAAGACCUCUUCAGGUUCCUGCUGGUAUAUGUCCUCUUCAUGAUCGGAUAUGCCUCAGCUUUGGUCACUCUCCUCGCAGCUUGUCCGCCUCCGGGUUCCGACUGCAACGGCACCUGCCCCACUUACCCCGAGUGCCGCGACAACGACACUUUGAGCAAGUUCUUGCUGGACCUGUUCAAGCUGACCAUCGGAAUGGGAGAACUGGACAUGAUUGACAACGCCCAGUAUCCGGUGGUCUUCCUCAUCCUUCUGGUCACCUACAUCAUCCUCACCUUUGUGCUCCUGCUUAACAUGCUGAUCGCCCUGAUGGGAGAGACGGUCGGGCAGGUUUCCAAGGAGAGCAAGAAGAUCUGGAAGCUACAGUGGGCCACGACCAUACUGGACUUUGAACGCUCUUUCCCCGUUUGUCUGCGAAAGUCUUUUCGCGUAGGGGAGAUGGUUACUGUGGGUAAAAACUGGGAUGGGACGCCUGACAAACGCUGGUGCUUCAGGGUGGAUGAAGUGAAGUGGUCCCACUGGAAUCAGAACCUGGGAAUAAUCAAUGAGGACCCAGGUCAGAAAGAGGCUAACCAGUACGACCUUCCACAGUCUGGGAGGGGCCUUAGGAGAGAUCGCUGGUCCACAGUGGUUCCCAGGGUGGUGGAGUUGAGUCGGGGACCCAGACAGAGGGACCACGUGGUGGAGAUGGAGCCACUCACUCCCAGACACAGAUCGGGGAGCUAGAGGCAAAGUCUGCCGGCCAGGGAGGCCAGACUCCGGGGCCCUCCGCAGUGGUCUGAAUACCAAAGCUUUCCAUGAUUCUGUGACUUAGGGAGACCUAGCUCUGCACUGCAGAAGCAGGUCAUUAGUACUUAGGCAUGGUUCUCCGCUGCUGCUCACCUGUACGUCAGGGACACCUUGAGAACAAACGUUUAGGUCAUAUCAGUUCAACAAAGCAUCUCACUGUCAUCUGUGUGAACAGAAAAACACAGACGAAUGGAUUUGCUACCAAGCGAUGAGAAAUCAGUUUUCUAUAAACAGUUUUCUCCAAUCAUGUUACAUACACAUGUACAGUAGGAUUUCAUAUGUAUACAGAAGUUAUAUUAAAGUGUUUUAUUCAU